UUUUCCCCGAGACAGUCUUUUCCGCUAAUCGUCUAUCAUGCCUAGUGUUAGGACUAAAACCAUCAAGAAGGCGUCUCGCGUCAUUAUUGAGAAAUAUUACAUGAAGUUGACUACAGACUUCCAUGUUAACAAAAGAAUAUGUGAUGAAAUAGCCAUUAUUCCCAGCAAGAAGCUUAGAAACAGAAUAGCUGGGUAUUGCACAGAUUUAAUGAAACGUAUUGCUAAAGGUCCAGUACGAGGUAUUUCUAUUAAGUUACAAGAAGAAGAAAGAGAAAGAAGAGAUAAUUAUGUACCUGAUGUUUCAGCUAUUGAUCAAGAUUUAAUAGAAAUUGAUCCAGAUACUAAAGAGAUGUUGAAAGCCAUGGACUUUGCCAACAUCCCUAAUCUUCAAGUUGUACAACCAAUAGCUGUUGCUGGUGGUCAAGGUGGUGGACAGGGUGGUAACAGACCAGUUGGUAUGCACGAUCGUGAUGAACGUCCCAAUAACAGACCUAAUAGACCACGAUAAGAUGUCUAGACUCAAAUAAAAAAAAAACAAAACUUUGACUUGUGUAUUUCUGAUCUUUUUACUGUAUUACAAAUUUGUAAUGUACCAUUAUAUACAUAUCUAAUUGAC